GUUAUAACGCUGGACAGGUCGCGGUUGUAUUGCUGUUUUAAUACCCUUCUUUUUUGUACAACCAGAAACAGACCAGUACGUUGUUGAGCAGCUCCUUCAAACAAGGUAUUAAUUUCCGCUCUUCUUCAUCCACCUUUUCAUUUCGUAUUCGUCCCUGCUGAAUAAGUAAAUACGUACAUGAACAACAAGUAUUGAGAUCAAAAUGCGUGCCCGCGUGGCGAUCAAGCAGCAGCUGCGCGAGCGCAGGGCCGCGGAAGCCGCAGAACGGGAAAGGUUGGCGAAAGAUCUAGCAGCGGGAGGUGAUCCUGUUGCUGAGUUGUCCUCGUCCAGUGCCGCUGCAGGUCACCAAAUAUUAAACGCAAGCGAGGACAAGUUUGAAAGCGUGAAUGCGUAUUUCGGGGCGAAGCAGCGCAACGAGGUUGUGAGGAACCAUCCCGACGGAGAGCAGGACAAUCACCAACACCUCUCCACGCCGGGAAGGGAGCAAAUCGAGGAGCGGAAGCGCAGAGGAGCAUUGCUCGGCGCGAAGUCGACGGGCAGACGAGGGAGAGGAAACCGCGACCACUUUCUAGAGCAGCAUAAUAUCCUGCUUCGGUCCAUCCAGAAGUCGAAGAGAAAACGGUCGAAGCACUGGUCUAGUUCGCCGAAUAUUCUCGGAAAUAAUUACAAGAAUAGUGAGUACAACAAACACGGGAAUAAGCUACUCGCGCGGGACGAAACCGCAGUGUUUCAGAAACUCCAUUUCGCCGCCGAUGACUGGAGUUUCAAGUGGCUGACCGCGCCGGGUCUAGGGUCGUUUCGACCCGAAGAUUUCAACCAGGUGAGACGGUUACUGGAGCGACACCCGAUCUCGGAGCAUAUCGACGUGGAGGAAAAUUUGGAGCAAAUCGCUAUGUGCAUGGCCCACACGAACGCAGCUUUGGAAUAUUACGAAUUCAAUGCGGUCAGCGUCGCUGCAAUAGAGCAGGGUCAGGUUCUUUCUCAGAACGCCAUAGGAGGUGGAGGACAUCAACAAAACAGACUUAUCCCGCCACACCAGCACGAAGUCCAGAAGAUUGCAAAAAGCUGGUCGCACGCGUUUCUGGACCUGGUCAGACUUGCCCGCGACCACGGGGACGCAGUGCGAGAACGGGAAAGAAAGAUGGAACUGCGAAGAAAGAACAGGAUGCCGAAAAGCAGGAGAAAAGUCGCGUUUAGCGAGGACGAGGAGGAGGUGGAUGAUGAUAAUGACAAAAAGAACCUUCCCAACGGUCGUGAAAAGAACAAAAUGUCAAAGCUCCAACUCCAAACGCCUGCAAGAGGCGCGGCGAGCGGGGGCGGAAAUAAGAAAAACAUUAGGAAACCACCAUCGAACAAAAUCAUCAGCGACUCAUCUGCCUCCGACGACGAUGAUUUUGAUUCUUCGGACGAGCUUGCGUUGGACGAGAUGAACGCGAAUCACAACAGUAUGUUCGUCGCAGACCACGGGCAGUCCAUGGUGGUGAUGUUCCGGUCAGACACGGAGAUCCACGCGUCCCCGACGAAGCCAGAGUUUCGCGAUUUAUUGAAGAAGCACCAGGUGCCCUUCGACUGCCCCGCCGAGAGCUUCGAUUUGAAAAAGCAAACGGCCGCGACCGCGGCUGCGGGCGGCGAGAGAGCGGGGGUUCUUGACAGCAAUCAGUUCGAAAACAGGCAAGUGCUAGAGAAUUUCCUGAACAUAGACCGUGGGGUAAGGGCAAAUGUGGCCGUCGGGAAAAGAAAAUCCUCGGACACGUCGGUUUUUGUCAAAGGGGUUGGUGCGGUUGCGGCAUUCGCCGACGUGUACCGCAUGGAACAGGUUCGCAGCUACUUGCAACACCCGACCAAAAACCCGGUGCCGAGACUAGUGGCGCAAAGACCCUUCUUAAACGCCAGCUACAAGCGGUGUAGUGCCAAAACCAUGGUGGAAACGGUGAAGGGGGUCGCGAUGAGCAAUAGUACUGGCAGCAACAACACUGGUGCCGCGGGAGCAGGCGCUGGAACAUCUUCAAGCAAGCAGGGUAACUCGAGCAAAAAAGAUGAAAACGCGACGAGUAAGAGCACGACACGGCCGAAGUUAAACAGCGACGACAAGGUUGCGCCUAUGAAGUUGAACAUGGAUGAGGAUGACCCUAUGGAAGACAUAAUCGCGGAAGCAGACGCUAAAGAUAACCAAGAGAAGGACCAGAACAAAGAACAGCACGCGAAGCAAGCGACUGACAUUCCUCUAGAGGAAAACGAAAGCGAAGAAGCUGACAUCGAGCGGCACCAUGUGACGAUCACUGGCAUUCUCUUUCCCCACCAGGUCCAGGCUUUUCUGAUCAAAGCCACGGCAUAUCAUCUGCAAAAGUAUCGCGCUCAUACUACUUCUACUUCAACAUGCCGGUCGUGUUUUUACAAAAAGGAAUAUGAAUCAAAAUGUAUGACUUUGUAGUAAGCACGGAGUCAGUGACAGUGACUUCGUUUUUACCAUGUUUAUUGUUGUUUGCAGUUCGCACGUGAUAAAGAAAAAGAUGUUGAGAUACUCAAUUUGCAGUGCAUAUUGCAGCGCAGGAAUACAGUGCGUCGCUGGUGCCACUGUGCGUGUCUGGAGCAGAGGAGGAAAGGAAGUUUCUGAGGGAGGUUUCGUACACAUGUGAUGGGGAAAUGGAAGAAGAUGUGUUUCACAUGAAAUACGAAAAGAUUCAGGUAGAGACAACUGGGUAAAAAUGUCAUAGGUAUCACAAGCACAAAGUAUGCAGCGCGGAAAUCAGAAUCGCAUCAAGUUUUACGGCUCCAAAGCGAAAACAUAGACAAGCGAAAAGCUCGUAGAAAGCAUGUCAUUUGGAUGUGUUCGGGAAUGGCGACGUUGACGUAUGAAAGAUUCAGGCGAACAAAGUGCGGCUGCUCUGGUGUGAGACCACGACGUCGACGCGACGUGACCCGCC